AUGGGGUCAAUGGGGUCUCAAUGGGGCCAAUGGGGUCUCAAUGGGGUCAGUGGGGUCUCAAUGGGGUCAAUGGGAUCAGUGGGGAUCGAUGGGGUCAAUGGGGUCAAUGGGGUCAAUGGGGUCUCAAUGGUGUCAGUGGGGUCUCAAUGGGGAUCAAUGGGUCUCAAUGGGGUCAGUGGGGUCUCCAUGGCGUCAAUGGGGUCUCAAUGGGGUCAAUGUGGCUCAAUGGGGGGAUCAAUGGGGUCAAUGGGGUCAAUGGGGUCUCAAUGGGGUCAGUGGGGUCUCAAUGGGGUCAAUGGGGAUCAAUGGGGUCAAUGGGGAUCAAUGGGGUCAAUGGGGUCUCAAUGGGGUCAAUGUGGCUCAAUGGGGUCAAUGGGGUCAAUGGGGUCUCACUGGGGAUCAAUGGGGAUCAAUGGGGUCAAUGGGGUCAAUGGGGUCUCAAUGGGGUCAGUGGGGUCUCACUGGGGAUCAAUGGGGAUCAAUGGGGUCAAUGGGGUCAAUGGGGUCUCAAUGGGGUCAAUGGGGUCAAUGGGGUCAAUGGGGUCUCAAUGGGGCCAAUGGGGUCUCAAUGGGGUCAAUGGGGAUCAUGGGGUCAAUGGGGUCAAUGGGGAUCAAUGGGGUCUCAAUGGGGUCAAUGGGGUCUCAAUGGGGUCAAUGUGGAUCAAUGGGGUCAAUGGGGUCUCAAUGGGGUCAGUGGGGUCUCAAUGGGGUCAAUGGGGUCUCAAUGGGGUCAGUGGGGUCUCCAGUGGGGUCAACGGGGUCUCAAUGGGGUCAAUGUGGCUCAAUGGGGUCAAUGGGGUCAAUGGGGUCUCAAUGGGGUCAGUGGGGUCUCAAUGGGGCCAAUGGGGUCUCAAUGGGGCCAAUGGGGUUUCAAUGGGGAUCAAUGGGGUCAAUGGGGUCAAUGGGGUCAAUGGGGUCUCAAUGGGGUCAAUGGGGUCUCAAUGGGGUCAAUGGGGAUCAAUGGGGUCUCAGUGGGGUCAGUGGGGUCUCAAUGGGGUCUCAAUGGGGUCAAUGGGGUCUCAAUGGGGCCAAUGGGGUCUCAAUGGGGUCUCAAUGGGGUCAGUGGGGUCUCAAUGGGGCCAAUGGGGUCUCAAUGGGGCCAAUGGGGUCAAUGCGGAUCAAUGGGGUCAAUGGGGUCAAUGGGGUCAAUGGGGUCUCAAUGGGGUCAAUGGGGUCUCAAUGGGG